GACAGUAGUGCAGAGUUGUUGUAGGAGAGGGAGGCGGAAGGCAGAGUUUAGACAGGAGGAAACGAGAGUGUAAAAAUAGCACAUAAGAAGGCGGAAAUUCUGCAUUGAUCAUGGCGUCAGGGGACACUCUUUACAUAGAAACGGACGGGUCAGAAAUGCCAGCCGAAAUAGUGGAACUGCAUGAAAUCGAAGUAGAGACAAUCGAGACAACAGUUGUUGGAGACGACGGUGAACACCAGCCUAUGAUCGCGUUACAGCCUCUUGACACGGAUGAUCCGCACUCGAUCCACUCGCACCAGGAGGUGAUUUUGGUGCAAACAAGAGAAGAGGUGGUGGGCGAAGAUGACUCCGAAUUGCACACCGAUGACGGGUUUGAGGACCAGAUCCUCAUCCCAGUGCCGGCUGUGGAGGAGGACUAUAUCGAACAGACUCUUGUUACUGUCGCCGGGAGAAGCUCUUCGACAGGCCGGAUGAAGAGGUCUGGAAAGAAAGCAGGCAAAAAGAGCUACUUGAGCGGGGGAGAAAUGGGCAGGAAGUGGGAACAGAAGCAGGUCCAGAUAAAGACUUUGGAAGGGGAGUUUUCGGUGACUAUGUGGGCAUCGGAUGACAAGAAGGACAUAGAUCAUGAGGAGCAGAUCACAGGGGAAAACUCUCCUCCAGAUUAUUCUGAAUACAUGACAGGGAAGAAGCUUCCUCCUGGAGGUAUCCCAGGCAUUGACCUCUCAGACCCCAAACAGCUGGCAGAGUUUGCACGAAUGAAGCCAAGAAAAGUAAAAGAAGACGAUGCGCCCAGAACGAUAGCCUGUCCACACAAAGGAUGUACCAAGAUGUUCAGGGACAACUCGGCGAUGAGAAAGCACCUGCACACCCACGGGCCCCGUGUGCACGUCUGUGCAGAGUGUGGCAAAGCAUUUGUGGAGAGUUCGAAACUGAAGAGGCACCAACUGGUACACACGGGAGAGAAACCUUUCCAGUGCACAUUUGAGGGCUGCGGCAAGCGGUUCUCUCUGGACUUUAACUUGCGCACACACGUGCGCAUUCAUACUGGAGACCGACCGUACGUGUGCCCCUUCGACGGCUGCAACAAAAAAUUCGCCCAGUCGACCAACUUGAAGUCUCACAUCCUCACACACGCCAAAGCCAAAAACAACCAGUGAAAAGACACACCGGCGGGGGCCUACGCCGGAGGACUCGACCUGCGCCGCCGCAGCUUGACAAACUACCGUUCCGCCGCCUGCUUGGUUGUGAAACAAGGAGUCCCGUUGUGUGGGCUCUACAAGAAAGGUUUUUUUGGGAAAUGGCCUUUUUGAUAAACAUAUGGUGGUUUAAACAAGGAACUCGUGAGAACACCCCCCACCUCCCCCUCAGGCAUCUCUCGCUCUACCCUACUUUGGCGCUACCUGGAUGGAACAAUUUAAGCUUUCUUCUUGUGAAGAUGUUAAUUCAUGGAUCUGCACGGAAGGCAUAUUUAUACCAUAACGCAACCAUUUGAAACGUUUCCAGAAUAUUUGCAUCAAUCCUCAGCAAUGACACAUUUAAAUUUUCUACUCCCAAGUGUGCAUAUUGUACGCUGUUUGACAUAAGCUCUGUGAUGUCUGCAGUGAGAUUGUGCCCGCAGCUCUUAAGUUUCACAAUUUGUUUUAACUCUGCCGUUCCUCAGUGUGAGUGGUCUUUGCAUAUAUAUUCAUUUUGUACAACGCAAUAUCAAAAUCAUACAUAGCCAUGUCAUUUUCAAUAGUGAGCACCGAUUAAAAUGUUUUUCUCCCUUGCACUACAAAUCUGUCCUCAGUUAAAAUAAUAUUCCCAUGUUCAUAAUAUUAGCUAUUUUAGUAGCAAUGUCUUUUAGAGAAACAUACCAGAGCUGCUGAAUGGUGAAAAAUGUGGCUUUUUGGGACCACGACAUAAAACAGAAUUAUUUUUACUUCGGAAGCAGCAGUGGAAAUGAAUCUGAGCCUGCAAAAGGGGUUUUAGCGAUCAACCUCUGUUGAUUAGUACUGUUUGAGCGCAAAAAUUUGCAGUAACAUUGACAAAGUGUCAAUAUUGGAUAUUGCUUUAACAAUACGUUGCUAAAAUUCACCAGUUAUUUCCAUGUCCAAUCGUUGAUAAAUGACUUCACUGAA